UCGGCGGCGCCGGGCGGGACCGGGCCGCGGCCGGGACCGGGACCGGGACUGGGAUUGGAUUGGGAUUGGAUCAGGACCGGGAUCAGGACCGGGACCAGGGCCAGCAGUGGUGCUCAGGGUCGUGAAAGCAGAGGCCGGAGGGCUCGGCGGAACCCGGCCAUGUUCUGAGGGAGGCUGCAGGACGCCGCUGGGAUCCGGGUACCGCAGGUGUUCCUGAAGGAAUCGCCCUUGUGUCGGCCCUGCCGGGCGCUGGGUGAGGCGGAAUCAUGGCAAGUCCAAGAACAAGGAAAGUCCUCAAGGAAGUCAGAGCACAAGAUGAGAACAAUGUCUGUUUUGAAUGUGGUGCAUUUAACCCCCAGUGGGUGAGUGUGACCUAUGGAAUUUGGAUCUGUCUGGAGUGCUCAGGAAAACACCGAGGCUUGGGAGUUCACCUCAGUUUUGUGCGUUCUGUAACCAUGGACAAGUGGAAGGAUAUUGAGCUGGAGAAAAUGAAGGCUGGAGGCAACAGCAAAUUCCGACAGUUCUUGGAAUCUCAAGAUGAUUAUGAUCCAUGCUGGACAAUGCAGGAGAAGUACAACAGCAAAGCUGCAGCUCUUUUUAGAGACCAGGUGGCUACAGUAGCUGAAGGCAAGGAGUGGUCCAUUGAAACUUCUCCUGCCAGGAACUGGACCCCACCUCAGCCUAAAAUGGCUCUGUCUUCUGCUCACCGUUCUGCUGGACAAUCUCAGGCUGCAGCUGCCUCUUCUGACAAGGCUUUUGAAGACUGGUUAAAUGAUGAUGUCAGCUCCUACCAAGGUGGCAGUGGCCAAGAGAAUCGCUAUGUGGGCUUUGGGAACACAGUAAACCCUCCCAAAAAAGAGGAUGACUUCCUGAAUAAUGCCAUGUCCUCAUUGUACUCGGGAUGGAGCAGUUUUACAACUGGAGCAAGCAAAAUUGCCUCAGCUGCUAAAGAGGGUGCUACCAGAUUUGGAUCUCAAGCAAGUCAAAAGUUUUGGGGCUACAAGCAGCAGCCAGAGCCGGCAUCAGAGUUAGGUCAGACAUUAAAUGAAAAUGUUCUCAAACCCGCACAGGAAAAGGUGAAAGAGGGGAAAAUAUUUGAGGAGGUCACCACGGGGGUAUCACAGUUGGCCAGCAAGGUACAGGGAGUUGGGAGUAAGGGAUGGAGAGAUGUCACCACUUUCUUUUCAGGCAAACCAGAUGAUAAUUCUGACAGACCAGCUGAGAGAGACAGCUACCAGAACAGUGGAGCAGAGGGCUACCAGAACAAUGCUGCAGAUCAAAGCUUCUGGGAGAAUUUUGGCAACUCAGAUCCACCAAAAGCUCACAAAUCUCCAAGCAGUGAGAGCUGGACCUAUGUGGACAAUUCCACAGAGAAGAAGAGCUCGGAUAGCUGGGACGUGUGGGGAUCAGGAACAGUCUCCAACAAGAACAGUAACAGCGACAGCUGGGAGAACUGGGAGACCAACUGGGAGAGCACAGGAGGGGAGAGCAAGACCAGAAAACCUUCUAAGGCAACAAAAAAUGCGUGGGAUGACUUUUAGAACUCUGCUGUGCACAGCUGGGAAAGGGAGGCUGUGCUGGCUGAUGGAGGGGAGGAGUUUUACACACACCUGGAGUAUCAUGGCUGACCUUUCUGAUCUGUUUGUGCUUCCCAUUCAUUCUCCUUCCUUCUACCCCGGUAUAGGGAAAAAAAAAGUAGCAUCUGAAUCUUUUCUUACAUAAAGGUGGCUCUCCCUUUUUUAAGGAUAGUGAUAAGUAUAUUCUCCUUGCACUAUUGGAGCUGGCUACAGCAACUUCCUUAACACCAAUGUUAAAGGGAAGAAAUCAGUGCAAGGACACUUCCAUGGCACAACCUUGCAUGUGUAGGUUAAUAGGUGUUCAUCCAGUCCUCAUCUAAUUUGAGAUUUGGGGUGUUUAAUGCAAACAAAGGACAGGGUGUGACUUGGAAUGACAGCCAUUAGGUGGGCAAGCUGCAGUUGGAUACAUGGAGUUCCAAUGCCUUAUGGAUUGCUCUGACUACAGGAGGUCUGGCAAUUCAAGAUGGUCUUUAACAUAUUUUUUAUUGGAGUGUUGUUUUUAAACAUUGUGACAUUAUUAUUUUUCUUUUUAGUAGUUGAAAACUUAUUUUUCCCUUUUAGAAUUCAGAAGGAAUCUAGAGCUAGAUAAUUAUUUGUGUAAACUUACAGGUUUGACCUGUGCUCUCAAGGGAUUUUCAGAAUGGCUCUAUUUGCCCCCCUCACUCAAUGCAUUGAGUUGGCACUGUCAGCUCUGCUACAAGGAAAAGCAAAGCUGUGGUGUUUUCCUUCCUCACCCAUGCCCUUGCUCCAAUUUGAGUAUUUUAUAUAUUCUCUUUUUUCUCUUCCUUCCUUCUACCUGUGUAGUAUUUUAUUAAUGCUGUUAAAAAUGAAGUUUUUCUGCUGCUUAUGUCCUUCUGGACAUCUGUUUGGCAACCUGGCAGCAAAAAAAUAAAUUUUAAAGAAGAUUCCAGCAUGAAGAAAUGGGUGGAAAAUACAAGAACAUUGAGGAAAGAGCCUGGCAGCAAGCCCCUUUCAAGAUGAGUAGAUUGACAUGAGUAGAUGUCUGGAUUUAAUAGUAAAAUUUAAUUUAAGCAGAUGUUUUCCAAACUGUUCUUUAGUGUGUCAAGCUGUAUCUCUGUUUCUGUCAUACAUUUCUCCACAUUUUCUUCCUGGAUCUUGUUAAACACUAUUUUGAAAACUUGAGAAACUCUUUGUCAGCAUGAAGGACUGGAACAGGAGAUUGAGUUAUGUGUCAGUUUUGACCCAACAAAUCACUUUGCAUGACACAAGCCAUAACUUCUAGAGAAGAAUUGUGACUUUUAACAUCAGAGGUAUCACAGGUACCCAUUUUAUCGUGGGGACGGGUUGUGAAUGUACCCUCAGCACGAAAACAAUCAGCUCGCUUGAAAACUCAAAUCAUGAUGUUCUCUCUGGUCUGCUUGUCCAGCAUGGAGUUCUUGCUGUGAACCCUGUAGAUCCUAUUACUUACCUAAAAAAACCUUUUCUUUUCAAAACUGGUUCAUUUGUUCAGCAACUAACCAAAGGUGCCAGUUACCCUAAAUAACACUCCUCUUCUUUUACUCCUCACAGAGGUUUUUGAGCAGAUAGUAAUAUCAACAGUUUAAAAAGGAAAGAAAAUUAAUCUCCUUGCAAGUAGCAUAUUUUAAAGACCUGAGUAGAAGUAGCUCUAUUUACAGCUUGAAUCUGUAUUUCUAUGACUAGGAUCUUUCAGAUGAUGAACAGAAUAUUUUUCCAGUCUUCUCUGACUCUGUUCUGCAAGAGUUGGGAUUUCUUUUUUCCCCCUUGCCUCUCCUGAGAGCAUGGUUUGAAGCUUGUGGUCUCUGAGCCUCUGCAGCAGGACCCAGAGCUGCUCAGGCCCGAGUGCUACUCCAGGCUGAGCCAUUCCCAGGUGUCCCUGCUGUCACAGACCCUUUGGAAGUGCCAAAGGCACCAGAGCUCUCAGUUUGCGAUGCUGCUCGUGGUACCAUGGGCAGCAGGUCACAGCCUGACUAAAACAUGAAUUUUUUUUUACUUUUUUUCCAGUUCCAGGUAUAACUGUCACAGCUUAGCUGCAUGUCAAACAUAACUUUGUUUUUUUUAUGCUUACACCUCUGUUGCCUCCUUGUCAAUGUUGCUGCUGCCCAGCCUGAACAAGUUUAUUACAGUUUCUCUUUCAUAAACCUCCUGAAAUGGCUCAUGGCAGGCGAAUCUUUAUUUCAGUCCACUCCAUCAGUGGUACUCUGAUGUGUGUGUGCAUGUUCUCCUCAUCUGGAAGCCUUGCCUGGGACAAAAGUGGUUUAUUUAUGUAUCACUUGCAGCCACAGUUGGCAUGAGCCAUUUGUUUUGUUCUUUUGAUUUGAUUUUUGUAGCUUUUGAAACUUUCAUGUUUUAUAUCAAACAGCCAGAGCCCUGCUCAAGCAGAAGCUUUGGGUAAGGAUUUUUCCUCCAGUUGAGGAGACAGGGACAGAACAGUUGUCUCUGUAGGGGAAGCAACAAAAGGCUACAACUGACAGAAGGAUGUUCCUGGAAAUUCCAAAUAAACUGAUAAAAUGGCAGAAGGUGUAACUGCAACCACAAAACCAAUGUGCCAGCUGGUCAGUUUGGUGGCCAAAUGGGCUUUUUUAAUUACUUGUCUGAGCCUGAAUGUGUGAUCAUGCCUUCCAGAGGAGAGGACAAAACGAGGGCAUUUUCUUUUUGCACACCCACUGUUUUAUUCAAUUUUACUUUUUUCCAGAGUAGGUGGCUGGAAGGUUUUUGCACUGUGAAGAAAUGCAUCCCAUCAAGUUGCAGAGCAAGUAUUUAUGAAUCAGACUUUUUAUUUUUUAAUUCCUCCUUUUGGCCUGAUGAGGAGCAGAGGCAUUGGGUGCAGGCUGCUGGAGCUGAGGGAGGAUCCAGCCAUGAAUGUGAGCCUGGGCUUUGGCAGGGCUGUGGUGUCACCGUGGGCUCUGCCUGUGCAGGGUCACCAGGGCUCUCCAUCCCACUCCUGGAGUCACAGUUUUAAAGUCAUACAAGCCAACUGCCAGGAGAUGUGCAGUGGUGAAAUUGCUGCACCAAUUGGGCAUUGCAAUGGCUGGUUCAAAUCCCCUGGUGACCCAAGCUUUUAUUUCUGUGUAUGGCUUCAACUUUGGAAAAUACAGGGUAGCUGGAUUCCUGCAGGUAGGCUGAUACAAGGAAAAUGUCAAAAAAUCAAACUAAGUGCCACUUGCAAAAGAGUGAAAGUCUUGGAGAAAGCUCCCAAACAUAAUCCUGGGAGUUAGGGAUUAUUUUAAAGUGUUUCAUUGUGUCUUGAAACCUAUUAAUAAUUAGUACAAUUCAAGAAGUGCUUGGCCAGCUCUCCCUCAUGGUGGAGACCUCAAGGAUAAUGCUGCUUUUAUUUUCCAGGCCAGACUGUAACAUUCCAUGGGUUCAUAAUGUACUUGUCAGUGUAAUGGUCUGUGCAAUAAUUUAACAAAUGUAGAUAAAACCUUUGUUUAAUCCAGGAUACAUUUAAAGAUACAGUGGUCCUCUUGGAGAGAAGCAGUCUACACAAGUAUUUCAGGUCUUAGCUUAUUUUGACUGAAAUGCUAAAUUUCAGUGACCCAGGUAAAGGCUUGAGCAAUCAGUGAUUUAAACAGAAAUCAAGAAACAUUUCUAUGGCCAUUAUUAAGAGUUUGAUCCUAAUGGCUGAGUGACCUCUAGCUGCAGAACCCUCUCACUUCCAUGCCAGCAGAAACUUGGUCAGUCUGGAGUACUGUAUCUUUAAAUCUCCUGCUGUGUUUUUUUGUGAAGUUCACAGGAAUGGCAAUUUCAGUGAACACUAUUCAUUGUUCUGUAGAGUGGUUCUGGACUUGAACUGCAGUGUCAUCUUUUAAAGAGUAUUAUAAUAAAGCAAAAGAUAUGGAGCA